GGAAAAGGAAGAGCUGUUUUGACAUUUCUGCAUGUUUUGGUGGGAUGGCGUUUUGGCCUUCCAUGGUGACAUCACCAUGCGGUAAAUUAGUUAAUAGACCAAUAAGAAAGAGUUCCAAACCUCUCUCCAAAUAACUCUCUGCAAAAAUAAAAAAUGAAUCCUCCCCACACAGAACACUCCCAGACAAUCCUAGUAAAAUUCUUGCUUGAGAAAUGUCUCUUUGCUAAGAAGCUAUAUUUUUGCUUCUUUUUGACCAUUUUAAUUGAAAACAAAUCACUGUACGGCACUUAAUUGUUACCCAGAAAGGAUUUGGUAUUGAGAUAAAAGAUGAUGUAUUGGACCUUUUUAAGAUCAUAAUUAGUCCUUUUCUCGUUCCACAGUGGGGUGAAUCCACGUUGACUAAGUGACAAUUCGACUUAAUUGGAAGACAGGAUUCACCCCCACAUACCUAGCUAGUCCACCCACACCGUCCUCACAUCAACUCUCUGCACCCUCCCUCUGCCUCUGGUCUUUUGUAAAACAUUUUAAAUGUACCUUUUCAUUUCUCUCUCCAUUGUUGGCUGUUCUGUGAGGGGGCAGAAAGGAACCAGCAUGUAACCGGCUUACAGGACCUCUAUUCACUGUGAGAGUUUCACCCGUAAUGAGGCCUUUUUAAUCACCCUGUUAUUGGAAUACCGGUCCUCCUUAAUUCCAUUACCUCUUCCGCUGUCAUCCCUUACUUUGUUUGGCCCCAGGAAUCUCUAGGAGGUGUGUGUGUGUGUGUGUGUGUGUGUGUGUGUGUGUGUGUGUGUGCAAUGUUAUAUAAGGACAGGUUCUAGAUUGGAGGGUGAGGAACAGGAGGGGUUGGUAAAGACUGAGAAGCCACUGUGUUGGGAACUGUAAAGGACAGAGCCUGCAGAACUCAAUGUACCAGGUUACAUCAGUUUAGUGAGUCCAACUCUGUCUGUCGGACCUGUCUCUCAUUCUCACAUCCCGGGAGUCAAGCCGGCCAGCUUUGACAAGGUAGCCAUACCAGAAGUGAAGGAAAUCAUCGAGGGAUGCAUCCGCCAGAACAAAGAUGAGAGAUAUGUCAUUAAGAUCCUGCUGAGCCAUGCGUUCUUCCAGGAGGAGACUGGUGUGCGUGUGGAGCUGGCCGAGGAGGACGAUGGGGAGAUGAUCGCGAUCAAACUGUGGCUGAGGAUAGAAGACGUCAAGAAGCUGAAGGGAAAGUACAAGGACAACGAAGCCAUCGAGUUCUCCUUCGACCUCAACAAGGACGUCCCCGAAGAUGUGGCACAGGAAAUGGUCGAGUCUGGCUAUGUGUGCGAGGGAGACCACAAGACGAUGGCCAAGGCCAUCAAAGACCGAGUGUCUCUGAUCCAAAAGAAGAGAGAACAGAGGCAGCUGGUCAGAGAGGAGUUGGAGAAGAGGAAUCAGCAGCAGCAGCAGCAGGCAGCAGAGGCCCUCAGAUCCCCCCAGCAGAGUCAGUUACCCCCCCAGCCCCCCAUAGCCCAGACUGAGAAGGAGGACCCAGAGAUGGACCAGCAGCAGUACCAACAAGCCAACAUCUCCAUGACAUCUGACGGAGCGGUGGACAACGGCCAGGGUUCGUCCCUGUUCUCUGAGUCCCAUCUGGGCCAGCUGACCAUGUCCUAUAGCAACAUCCCUGCCACCCAGCAGCAGGGCCAAACCCAGGCCCCCUACCCCUCCCCUUCCCCCCAGCAGCAACAACAGCAGCAGCAGCUCAAUGCCUACCAACAGCAGAACAUGGUAAGUGACGAGUCGGAGGGAUUAUUAUAUAUUUUUUGUAGUUCUUAGGAAGGUAGAAGUGAAUUGCAGUGGAGUUUGUAGUUGUAAUAUGCAUGGAGGUGAUGUCUGAAGAGUGGAUUUGGAGCCAGUUCCCUUUGAGAUGAAGAGGUUCCAAAUCUUUGAAAUGGAGCAACCUUUUUCCUUCCCGGCUGCCCCUCUCUCAGGUUUGUCCUGUAGUCCUUUAUAAUCACCUGUUUGUGCUGUCUUGCCAACUCCUAUGGUCAUUGUUACACUAAUCAUGACAAUUAUAAGAGGAGCAGAGACAUGUCCGCACCAGGCUACUGUAGUCCCACGAGUUCUUCAAUUUCACAUGUUGGUCUUCCUGGUACCACAGUGGUGGACCAGCAGCUGCGUUCUAACCCACUUAUUCAGUAAUGAAUAACUUGACAAGUUCAGUGGCCAUUUUCAGAGAGAACCAGGGGUCAGGUUUUACAGUUCUUCUUUUAACAGUAACGCUGAUGGUCUGGCUGUUUGCCAAGAGACUCUAAAACCAAUGUCUGGAACAGUGUUCUUCAGUGUAUUGGGAGGGAUAGGGCCUUUAUAGAAUAUUAAACUGGCUGUUAAUUCAGUGUUUUAAUAUGCUCUCGUGUUUCCACUCAAGCUAAUACAAGGAACAGGACAGGAACAGGUAUAGCUUUUCAUCAUACAACAAUACCAGAGCAUUUUUAGAUUGAAAGUUGAAACCGAAGACCCAGAAAAAACGAAUAGAUUUAAGGAAUGCAAAACACAGUCACACAAGACGAUUGAUCUACGCCCAAAACACACAAAUAAAGGAAUCCCAAACAAAUAGUCACACAAGACAACGAUUGAUCUACGCCCAAAACACACAAAUUAAGGAAGGACAAACCAAUAUGUUAAUCUACACCCAACAUAUAUAGCCUAGUCACAAAUGAGCUGCCCUUCCUGCUCCGUAGGUACCCGUCUGUCUCCACUAACAGAGCUUAACCCCACGGCCUCCCCUAAAGGUCAAAAGUUCAAAACCUAUUUUCUAGAACCCAUGUGCCAUGUUCUAUCCUAAAGGGUUUAGACAGAUGUAUAAUUAACACCAUCCUAAAGGGUUUAGACAGAUGUCUAAUGAACACCAUCCUAAAGGGUUUAGACAGAUGUAUAAUUAACACCAUCCUAAAGGGUUUAGACAGAUGUCUAAUUAACACCAUCCUAAAGGGUUUAGACAGAUGUAUAAUUAACACCAUCCUAAAGGGUUUAGACAGAUGUAUAAUUAACAUUAUCCUAAAGGGUUUAGACAGAUAUCUAAUUAACACCAUCCUAAAGGGUUUAGACAGAUGUAUAAUUAACAUCAUCCUAAAGGGUUUAGACAGAUGUAUAAUUAACAUUAUCCUAAAGGGUUUAGACAGAUGUCUAAUUAACACCAUCCUAAAGGGUUUAGACAGAUGUAUAAUUAACAUUAUCCUAAAGGGUUUAGACAGAUGUCUAAUUAACACCAUCCUAAAGGGUUUAGACAGAUGUCUAAUUAACACCAUCCUAAAGGGUUUAGACAGAUGUCUAAUUAACACCAUCCUAAAGGGUUUAGACAGAUGUCUAAUUAACACCAUCCUAAAGGGUUUAGACAGAUGUAUAAUUAACACCAUCCUAAAGGGUUUAGACAGAUGUAUAAUUAACAUUAUCCUAAAGGGUUUAGACAGAUGUCUAAUUAACACCAUCCUAAAGGGUUGAGACAGAUGUCUAAUUAACACCAUCCUAAAGGGUUUAGACAGAUGUCUAAUUAACACCAUCCUAAAGGGUUUAGACAUAUGUACAGUAUAUGAAGACCAUCCCAUAGGUUAGAAGCCCCAGUCAUGCUCUUGGGUCUUCAGUCACAGUGACUUACAGGUAAGUACCACAAUUAACUAGCCUUUGAUCUGCCAAAAGUGAGAACAGCUGCAAGUUUCUGAAAUCAGUUACUCUGUGUGUUUUAGUUCCUGGAGUACAGUUUGGUCAGUUGUGUCUUCUACAUUUUCUUUUGUUUUAAUGAAUUGAACUGUUGUUUUGCCCAAUGUCAGUUGGUUUGAUUGGCAUUUUUGAACCGAAUGAUGCAUGUUGGAGAAACCAAAGUCACUCAGAAGUUAACAAACUCCACGCUUUGAGUUUGAUUCUUUGAGUUUGAUUCUUUGAGUUUGAUUCUUUGAGUUUGAUUCUUUGAGUUUGAUUCUUU